AUGAUGAUCAACUAGAAGAUGAAAUUAGUAGUUUUGUAUUAGGUUUUAGAGAAGAAAUAGAAAAUAUUAAACCAGGAUUUGGAGACUCCAUAGAUUAUGAAAUAGACAAAAUAACAAAUAGUUUACAGUCUGAUUAUAGCGAAGAAAGAAAUAAUAGAAUUAAUAAAAUAGAUAAUGAAAUGGACAAUGAAGCAGAUAAUAGAAAUAAUAAAAUAGAUAAUGAAAUGGACGAUGAAGCAGAAUUUGAAGAUGAUUAA